AUGUCAUCCUCAGACGACAUAAUUUCACUCAACGUCGGUGGCACCGCGUACACGACGACGCGAAAUACAUUGAACAAGGAGCCCGACACACUCUUGGCCAACAUCGCCGCAGGCAACCUGUCGGAUGCGGAUCAGACAAGCGUCGUACCGAUGCAGGACGGCACCUACUUCAUCGAUCGCGACGGACCACUAUUUGCCUUCAUUCUUCAUUUCCUGCGCACCGAUCGACUAUCGCUUCCAGAAAACUUCAAAGACCAUUCAAGACUACGUGACGAGGCCGAGUUUUAUCGGUUCGAACGUCUUGCUUCGCAGCUCACCUCAACCGUGCUUAUUUCGCGACCGCGAACAGCCAACGGGUACACGAAUGGGGCAGAAACAGGUGGCUACAUCACCCUAGGCUAUCGAGGAACUUUCGCGUUCGGUCGCGACGGUCAAGCCGAUGUCAAAUUCCGAAAAUUGCACAGAAUUCUCGUGUGUGGUCGUGCGACUUUGUGUCGCGAAGUGUUCGGAGACACUCUCAACGAGAGCCGCGAUCCAGGAGGUCCAGAUGAUGGCGAUCGAUACACUUCAAGACUUUACUUGAAGCAUCAAUGUCUUGAAAGAGCAUGUGACGUGAUGGCUGAAAAAGGCUUCAAACUAGUAGCAACAUGCUGCGCGGGAGCCAAUGGACUCGCUGCUGCGAACCAUUCAAUCCUUGCCAGUAACAUGGGAACAAUGUCGCAAAGUGAUCUCAUGACCCAUCGAAACUGCGGCGAUUACGAAGAACAACGAUGGGCUCAUUACACCGAGUACGUCUUCUUCCGCGAGCCGCAAUCCGGCUACAUAACCCCAUCGCCACGCGACUUGUGA